UCAUCCAAAAUUCCGAAUGCUGCCCCCUACCCUAGUGAAGUUAACCAGGUAUACUUUUGAUACCAAUUGCUAUUUUACACCCUCGCCUUUUCAUCCUUGAUGAAACUGAUCUCUGGCAGAGGUCGACCCUCGGUUUUAAUUUGCACAUUUUCCAUGUACCCCAGAGAAUAAAAGGGGUUCUUCAGCAAAAGGUCAACACAAUUUGCGGUAGUGUUGGCGGCAAAAACGGAACACUCGAGCUGGUAGCUAGCCAGCUACUGCUACUUGCUACUGAAGUUUGCCAGGCAAAUUUAAAUAAAUCGCACUAACUGGACACAAAGUUCUAAAACCAAGAAAACUAUUUAUCUACCUCCUCUGUCUCCUGUAAUUUGAAGAAACUAAUUUAAAUUGAAUAAUAUCAACAACAGAAAAAAAUGCUCAACUAUCACUUUUCUAUCUCUAUCCAAUAAUGUCACCAACUGAUUGGAUGGACAUGUCAGAUCAUACUGCAAAAGCUUUGAUUGGUUGGAGGUCAUCCUCCGGAAGUGGUCAUUAUUACCAUGUAGGUCUAUGGAAGGGGUUGAGGCCUCCUAGGUUUUGUAUUGAAGUAAAUGUACCCAGAGGAGGACAGAAGCUAGCUGUCCUCUGGCUACACCAUGGUGCUACCCCAGAGUGCUGUUGACGUUACUAUAGACCUUGAUUGCAAAACAGUGUGCUUUAAUAAAUUAUUUGGUGACAUAUUAAUAUAUUUAGUAUAGUUAUCGAAAAAGGAUAACUUUUUUUAGUGUUUCACAAUUAUUAUUUUUAUGGAAUUUCACUGAGGAGAAUGGUCCUUUCCCUUCCUCCUGAGGAGCCUUCACUGAGUCGUACAAUGUUCCCAGCAAAACCUGAACCCCCACCAGUGAGCAUACAGACCUUAUUAAGAGGUUCCCAGCCCCAGCACCAGUCUCCACCCGUGUGUGAGUUAAAGAGGAGAAGAUGAUCACAGCUGACACAUGAUGCAUGUUCACUUGUGCUAAUUAUGUCUUAGCUCUGUGCUGCCUGGCUGUCAACUUUGAUUCUCUGCACUAGCAGCUGUACGCCAAUGUCACCCCUCCCUAUCUCUCUACUUCUCUCUCUCUUGCUCUCUCUCAUCUCUUACUCCCUCUCUCUCUCUCUCUCUCCCUCUUUCUCUCCCCUCAUCCCUCUCCAACAGUACUUUAAGAGCUGUCUGUGAAAAGUAGACCGAACAUGCACAAAUACACACAGCCUUGUUUUACUAACCUUGCGGAGAUACACAAAUGAUUCCAAUUCAAAAUCCUAUUUUCCCUAAACCUAACCUUUACCCCUAACCCUAACUCCUAAACCUUUUAACCCCCAUCUCUAACACGAAUUCUAACCCUAAACCUCUUCGAAAUAGCAUUUUUCCUUGUGGGACAUUUUCGUUUGAUUACUGUUCUUGCGGGGACAUCUGGUCCUUGACUUUUCCUAAAUAAGUCUAUAUAGCGCUGCCAUUAUUAGAAUCAUAGUAUCACAAACAGAGCUGGAGUUAUAGCCAGUUGUAGGAGGAUCAUUAUUUGGAUGGUCCCCCCCCUUGCUCUUCCUUCCGACAGUAGGGCCUGCUCCACUCAUUUCCCCAACAUUAGAAGGUGCGGUGGCCAGUUGAUAAUCACCCCCGAUAAUUGCCUUGAAACUGAAUUUAACUAAUUUCACACAUAAUAACCAAUUAAAUAAAUGAAGUAAAGUAUGAUUGGGUUGAAGCAGACUGCAUAAUUGUGUCAUCACCAAUUGUGAAUGAAGAACAGUGCGGGCCAUUCUAUUGUAUUAGUAUAUUCUAGUUAUAAUCUCUAAAUGGUAUGUACCCUAUAUCAGUCCACCCAAUCCAAGCACUCUUAUCAGUCUACUCUGGCCUACUUGGAGUACACAGUGAGAGCAUGCAUAAUUUGCAAUGGCAAGACAAAUGGAUGAACAUGCAUUAGUGCUGCUACAAGAUAUAAAUGAAAACGACUCAGAUUGUGGGAAAGAAAUGAAUCAUGACAUCUCUGAUUAUUCUUCUGAUUCUGAGCCUCAGCCUGAACCGACGCCUCCUAGGUCUAAGCGCAAAAAAGCCAGAACGGUACGCAUCUGAGCAGGUGCCCGCGCCACCAGCUAAUGAAAUGGGGAGAGGAAGAGACGGAACCAUUUCGUAAAACGGGCAGCAGGUGAGCGAGUGUUGGAGAAUGUGGUGAUGAGGUUGGUGGAACCUUACGUUGGCAAGGGGAGAAAUGUCACCAUGGACAAUUUCCUCACUUAACUGUCAUUGGCGAACAAGUUGCUUGCAAAUAAAACAAGCCUAGUCGGCACCAUGAACAAAGCGAGACAGGCGCUCCUUCACUCUGUGCAAAACAACGCACCUGCGCAGCCGUUGUACAAUGGCGCUGAAGAAUGACAAGACAACACUCCCACUAUACCAAUGCAAGGCAAGAAAGAAUGCUUCUGUCAUGAGCACCAUGCAUCCGACACUUGCCAUCGACGGGGACACAAAAGAAAACCGGAUACUAUUACACACUACAACCAAACAAAGGUAUGUUAAUAUUACAUAAUAUGCAUCGCCAUAGAUACAUUUAUGCAAUGCAUUAUGCUCUUCUGAAUAACACACGUUGUUUUUCUGUUCCAUAGGUUGGUGUGGAUGUUUUGCAUCAGAUGGCACGGCUGUACUCUGAAAAGAGCCACCCUCAGCUGGCCUGUUGCUGUGUUCUACAACAUGCUUGACUUGGCUGCUAUCAACGCACUCGUGUUGUUCAAGCAGUGCAUGAACAACAUUAUGCCCAGGAGAGACUUCACCACGAGUCUAGCAUACGGGCUACGUGAGAGACUUAUGAAGGCCAAGGCAGCAGCGAUGAUUGCACGUGAGCGUGAGCCAAAUUGCGUACAGCUUCCGGGGAGGAGACUGUGCCAGGUGGCCAGAUGCACAAAGAACUGACCCAAGACACCGGUGUCACCUCUAAGUGACAUACGUGCGAUAGAGACACAGAGUACCAGCUCAGAGGAGAUAGUGCCAAGCCCGCCAUCGCCCCCUCCUCCCCCGAGGGUCUACAAGCCCUGCUUUGUGUGCCAGGACAAAUCCUCAGGAUACCACUAUGGAGUCAGUGCCUGCGAAGGCUGCAAGGGCUUCUUUCGGAGGAGCAUCCAGAAGAGCAUGGUGUAUACAUGUCACCGGGAGAAGAACUGCAUCAUCAACAAGGUCACCAGGAACCGCUGCCAGUACUGCCGGCUGCAGAAAUGCUUGGAAGUGGGCAUGUCCAAGGAGUCUCCUCGCUCCAGCUCCAAAGGCGGGAUGGUGUUGGGCCCCCAGCCGCCGCCCCCACCAUUGGAGACCGGGAGGGGACAGACUGGGGGGCCAGGGGCGGACAGGGCAGCUCCCCCGGCGGUGAGGAAUGACCGGAACAAGAAGAAGAAGGAUGAGAAGAAGCAGGAGUGUACUGAGAGCUACGUGCUGAGCAUUGAGACGGAGCAGAUGAUCAACAGGGUCAGCAAGGCGCAUAAGGAGACCUUCCCUUCGCUCUGCCAGCUGGGCAAAUACACUACGAGUAACAGCUCGGAGCGGCGUGUGGCUCUGGACGUGGACCUGUGGGACAAGUUCAGCGAGCUGUCCACCAAGUGUAUCAUCAAGACGGUGGAGUUUGCCAAGCAGCUUCCUGGCUUCACCACGCUCACCAUCGCUGACCAGAUCACCCUGCUCAAGGCCGCCUGUCUGGACAUACUGAUUCUGCGGAUCUGCACGCGCUACACGCCGGAGCAGGACACCAUGACGUUCUCGGAUGGCCUGACACUAAACCGUACCCAGAUGCACAAUGCCGGCUUCGGACCACUCACCGACCUGGUGUUUGCCUUCGCCAACCAGCUCCUCCCUCUGGAGAUGGAUGAUGCUGAGACGGGACUGCUUAGCGCCAUCUGUCUGCUGUGUGGAGAUCGGCAGGACCUGGAGCAGGCAGACCAGGUGGAUGUACUACAGGAGCCCCUACUGGAGGCUCUGAAGAUCUACGUGAGGAAGAGGAGGCCUCACAAACCGCACAUGUUCCCCAAGAUGCUGAUGAAAAUCACCGACCUGAGGAGCAUUAGCGCCAAAGGUGCUGAGCGUGUCAUCACCCUGAAGAUGGAGAUCCCGGGCUCCAUGCCCCCUCUCAUCCAGGAGAUGCUGGAGAACUCUGAGGGUCUGGAGAGCGGGGCCACGGGCACCCGGACCAGCGGAGCCCCCCCAGGCAGCUGCAGCCCCAGCCUGUCCCCCAGCUCCGCCCAAAGCAGCCCCAGCCCCACCACACAGUCGCCGUAGCAAGCCCUCCUUUUUCCUCAUUCACUUCAAUCUCCCUGUGGUUUGGGGGGUCCUCGCUGGACACAGAGACCGGCGUGCUCUUAAGUGUUCCUCCCCCCGCGUGACACACCCUCUCCUGCUCCUCCCCCUCAAAGACACUGUCUGGAAAAUGGCGAAAAGGUGGCGGCAGGAUUUCUCUGAAUGACCAUACUGGAACACUGCUGACAUCUCCUCCGUCCGUUGCCUCCCCCACACCCCUCUCUUCCCACCUCUACCUGAAAGACUGAGGGAAGGAACAGGAAGGAGGAGUCAGAGUUGUGAACACUGGUCCACUCAGAGAGGCUGGCAGGAAAUGGGGACAGACAAACGGACAGGACAAGCAGAGAGACUAACACCAGACACUUUUUGCGUUUCUCAGAGGAGGACUGCAGGCAUGGACUUGUCAAAGAAGACCACACAAAAAGACUGGGUCUUUCUACUUUUCCAACUUGGAAAAACAGAUUUCAUACAAAAGAUAUAUAAAUAUAUAUAGAAAAGUAAUUGACUUGUACAUGAUGGAAUAACAGGUUUGAGAAGGUUUUAAUUUUUGUUGAUUAAAGGCUGUUAUAUUCCUCCACUGUUUUAAUCGUUUCAUACUCAUUAGAGUAUCAAAAGAGAAAUGUUCCAUUGUUUUAUCACAUACCAAUGUUCUAAUUAACAAAAGUCAAGAAGUUGAAAUUGCCUUUUCAAUUUACAGACACACACGGACAUGCACAGAAAAGAGUUCCGCUAAAUAUCACACACUAUUCCAGGUUGGGUUUGUUUUUCCUCUCAUUCUUUUUUGUUGCCGCAAUGAGAAUGGAAAAAAAAUGAUUGUAUGACCUUGGUUGUAUGUUAUGGUCACAGGUCCUUCAAGAUAUCAGACUAAUGAAGAUUCUUUAUUUUAAGUUGCCUUUGAGUUCAUGUAUAUAAGCUGUAUUCAUUUCUUUAAACUAUGAAAAGUUUAGCCUUAACCUGAUUUUUAAAAA